UUCCGUCUGUGAUUUUCUUUUUCCGUGUGAUUUUUCCAAUUGCUGGUGUUGAUUUUCAUUCCUUCUUUUUCGCCUGAAGGUUUGAAAAGUGAAAACUGUCUCAACUCUCAAGUUCAUAAUAACAUAAUGGUUGAGCUACUCUAACUGCUUUUUAGUUUUUGCAGUUUUUAUUAGUUUAUUAUCAAGUGUAUGAGUGCAAGAAUACCGAAAAUUGAAAUAACUUUUGUAGUAUUCUAGUUUUCAAGACAUUAAAAUGAGCUACAGGGAUUCUUACUCACUCUAUCCGAGGUCUCAUACAUACAGUCCAGCCUACGACCAGCGAUUAGGCUCACAUUUGGGGACAUUCACGAGUUACGGGUCAUCGCCCUCGUCGUUGCUGAGUUCGCUGCCUUCGUUCCGGUCUCGGCCGUACUCUGGUGUGAGCAGCCUGGGUGUUGGUGUGACAUAUGGACCUACACCUGACGUCAAUGAAGUGUAUCCUGGACUCUUUGUUGGAGAUGCGGUCGCAGCAAAAGACAAGGCAUUCCUUCGUCGGAUGGGCAUCAACUAUGUCCUGAACACAGCUGAGGGAAAACGCUACACGCAAGUGGACACUGACCACAUGUACUAUCGGGACUGUCCCGGCCUGCAUUACAAAGGCUUCCAACUGAUGGACCUGCCGUCUACCGACAUAUCCAAGUACUUCCACAUCGCUGCUAAUUUUAUUGAUGAGGGAAUAUCUAGGGGAAGCCGUGUGCUUGUGCACUGUAUGAUGGGGGUGUCCCGAUCGGCCACUUGCGCGAUCGCGUUCCUCAUGAUCAAACGCGGGAUGUCGUUGACGGAGGCUCUUGCCCAAGUGCGCUCCCGUCGGGACAUCCACCCCAACGAGGGGUUCGUCCGACAGCUCCAGGACCUCGACAGGGAGCUCCGCCUCUCUCGGGUGCGCUGACAUCGGACCCCCCACCGCUCUGUGUACAGUUGUCUGUCCUUAGAAUUUGCUAACACACAACUGCGCGUAAGGAGCCUCGACCGAUCUUAUUCUAGUUCUAGUCGCCAUUGAAACGUUUUGACCGCACAGACUAUAAGAAAGACACAGUAAACAUGUAAAAUUAACCUCAAGCCUCCUUUAAAAGCCUCAAUAGCCUCUGAGCGGUUGGACUCAUCACCGAGGAGUGGUGGUUCGAUCCCCGCCCGUUGGUCUAUUGUCGCACCCACUUCUAGCACAGUCUUUCCCGACUAGUUGGAGGGGAAUGGGAAUAUUGGUCAUGUUAUAAAAAAUAUGGCAAAUAUUCUUUAAAAAAAAAUGUCCGGCAAACAAAUAAGCCCCGCAUACCAAAUGCCCUUAUAAAGUAGUGUACAUUUAAAUAUUGUAAAUGUAUAACGUGUACAAUUAAAUCAGUGUAUUUUUAUGAAACACACAUUAUCUUAAGAACAAUCUUAUUGAUGUAAAAAUAUAGAUAUUUAAGAUGUAAUUAAUAAAAUUGUUGAAAUCAUGUUAAAAUCAAUAAAGCAAAGUUGCGUUGUCGAUUGCCCGGAAAAUGGCUUUUUUUGUGUUAGCCUUAAAAAGCCAUUGUCUGUAUUACCUCAACGCUAUAAAAUCGUGCCAUUCUGGUUUUCCUGACGAGGCUUCUAAACACCUUUCUUCUUUAGUCUGUGGUCUUUCGUAACAACGAUUUCGAGUUUACAAACGAAAGUGGAGCAUUUUAAUGAAUUUUUACAAUUUUCAAAAGUAUCAUCAGACUUGGUUGUAAUUGUAGCUGUUUUGCUGUUGUGAAUUAAAUAAACUUAUAUUUUUUAAUAUUUUUUGUUAUUAUAAAGAAACACUAUACAGGAUGUUUCAGUAUUAUUUUAAACAGUGAAUUUUAACUUUAAGGAUCAGUCAUUUCUCUUAUACAAAUUAUAAAACUUCAAAAAAAUGUAAAAUCCUGUAGAAUUAACCAAAUGUAUUCUCGUGUGCCAUUUUGUGUUUCUAUUUAAAAAGUUAUUUUUAUAAAUUACUACAUAUUUAGUCUGUAAUUUGUGGAGUCAUGUACCAUUCAGUGUACAAAAUGUACGACAGUAUGACUAUAGUACAACUUUGUAGCCUUAACAUUGAAAGACACUUUGCUCUAAAAAUAGUUUGAAAGAUUGUUUAAGAGAGAUAUGUGUUGCAUAAUAUAAAUCUAUGUAUUAAAAUAUAUUAUAUUUUUGUGAACAUAUAAAUACAAAUCAUUCAUAUACAUUCUUACCGGUCAUGUACAAUACGACACACAAUAUAAUUGUGUAAUGUUGCAUCUUACUCUCAUAUAACAUUAAUAUAAAUAAUUAUGAAGUAUAUGAUAAGAAAAUAAUAAAAUAUAAUAUUUCUAUGUAUAAAUAAUAUAUAAAAUAAAUAUUUUUAACAUACAAGUAGGUAGUUUGUAGUAAGUGUAUUCGUUUCUUUUUUCUGUAAUUGGUGUUCGUUGCGAAGCUGUAGUAUCAAUUAUGUGUUUAAUUUAUUAAAGACUGGCAUCAGGGUACUUUAUUUCGAACAAUCAACAAGAGAAAAAUUUAGAACUAAAAUGGCCAGAUUAUUAAAAAUAUAAACAUACAUACAUAGUAUUAGUAGUAAAGGGUAAACUUAUGUUUAUGGAAUACAUUAGUAGGUGUCAAUAAGUUGGUCUAGUAAAGACUUUUUACAUAACCUACUCAUACAUAAAUUCUAGCAUAUCAAUUAUUAUUUUUAUUGCAAAAAUUUAAGAACACAAUUUAACUGAAGUUUUGGCAUUUUUUCGACAAGUGUAUCUUUUUUUGUUACGUUUUGUAAUAUUUUAUGUUAUUAUUAGUAAACUAACAGUAAAGUUAUCCUGGGAUAGGUAGAUUAAAAACAGAAAAACAAAAUAAUUUUACAAAAAAUAAUUAAGCAACUUCGUAGUAAAAAUUCAAGCGGUAUCUGUGAUGUCCACUACUUUGUAGGGAACAGGGCUUUAAUAUAAACAAAUCAGUAAGCAGUUACUGUGCACGCAUCGACGGUGACCACCGCACGCCACCGCUGACAGAUGCGAAGUGUCCGGGCGGGAGUGGGGAGCUGACGUCAAUACGUACACUUUUAUUAGAACAGUACAUCACAUUCUCUUCCUUUUCAAUAUAAUUUAAUAUUUUAAUUACACGUCCAUAAUAAUCAAAUAUUAUAAUAAUACCCAGAACUAAAACUGAUCUACUGCUUCUAUACAAUUCUUAUGAUAUUUAAAUUACAAUAUUAAAGUUAUAAUGAUUUAAUGAAACCCAAGCUAACUAUUACUAUUUAGGUUAUCUUCCGUUUCUUCAUCAUCUAUAACUUUCCACUGUCUUUCUACUUUUUUAAAUGGACAUUGUUUCGUCUAUACACUUGCCCAGUUUCAUCAUUAUGCACAUUUUCUCUCCAACUUCUAGUUUAUUAUGUUUUGCUCUUCACGUUCUAUCUUCAUUUAAUUUGUUUUUUUUUUCUGUAUCUCAAUCUCUUACUUUUGAAUCGUCAUAAUAGUUGUUUUCGAUGUCUGCUAAAAAAGGUAGUCUUAUCUCUGAACUUUCUCCGAUAGAACAGCUCAUUUUGAAUUUUCCUGUGGAUUGAUGAGGCGUACUGCUAUACAUAAUCAAUAAUACUUUAGCAAAUCCUCUUUCCAAUCUGACUUUCGCAUUGACUAAGUCGAUUUAAAAUAUCCUUAUUUUGUCACUCGAUUUCACCGUUUUGUUGAGGCCAAUAGAGGAUCGUAUUGAACAGAGUUAUACCAUUUUGCUACAAAACGUUUUGAAUUCUAGACUUAAGAAUUGUUUUGCAUUAACAGCUGUUACGUUGGCUGGAUUUCCAAAUGAAUAUUUUUUAAUACCUUUUUUUUCUGUAGUUAUAAUUUUAAUAAUUUGAAUGUAUUUAUACCUACUGUAAUAAUCUAUAAUUACGAGAAGGUAAUCUCCACUUGGUGAGGGACCCAAAAAACAAUAGCUUUGACAACCCAAGGUUUAGAAGGGAGUUCACGUCUUUUCAUUGGUACUGGUGGAUCAGGAGCCAAGACUAAAGUACAUCCUCUGCAACUUUUUCAGUUUGUUCGGCGUCUUUAUCUAUUUUUGGCCACCAGACCUUUGAGCAUAGCCUUCAAAAUCAAUAUCAAAAUUCAUUUAUUUCAAGUAAGCUCAGUUUACAAGCACUUUUGAUACGUCAGUUGACCAUUUGUAAAGAUUCUACCACCGGUUUGGAAGGAAGGUUCUGCUGAGAAGAAACCGCCUAAAAACUCAACAGUUGCUCUUUUUUUUUUUAAUCAUACAGUAUUAUAAUUUACAAUUGAUGACAACAUUAAAAUUUCUAAUAGUUUUACUUAGUUAUACUCUUGUUUGUUGUUAUAGUUUUACUCUUGGGUGAAGGUGGAAGCUGAUUCAAUGGCCUUCAAGUACCUUUAUCAUUAAAGAACUCAUCAAUGGUGUAGUAACUUCGACAAGUAAAUGUCCUUCAACAUAUUGCUUAAAGCUAUGCAUUGGCAGGUCCAUCACAUCUUGGGAGUCUUCAUAUGGACUACACCAGAAUGUCCUUCAUGGACUGCUACUAGGGUUUGAUAGGUUUUCUUUAAGCUAAUGGAAAUAACAAUUUUGUUUCCCCUUAAUAAAUCACCAUCAUGUAACCAGAGUUCAUAUAUCGUCGAAAUAAUUUGUAGUUUAUAUUGAGGGAUCCUAAUUACUUUUUAUCAAUACGUUUUUGAUUAAUUUAAAUUCAUCAUCAUUAACUAGUGCUUUAAUACAUUUAAUAGCAGGCAUAAUGCUGCAGGUGUAGCAUAUUGAACUCUCUGGUUAACAUGAUGCUUGUACUUGAAAGGAGUUAGUUGUGUGUUGUCACAUAUGCACAACGGGACAAUGGGUCUGCUAUAUUUGUUUUACCGGGCGUAUAAAUAACCUUAUGAUAAUUUGCUUGCAAUCUAAGAACCUAAUGGUCGGUAACGAGCUCAAACUUUAACACACAAAACAAAGAAAUAAUACGGGGUCCUCGUAUUAUCUAUUAUUGCAUUGAAUUAAUUCGGCUCCUAACCCCACAGGGCUUGCGUCAGUGAUAACUUGGGUGCGAUAUUUUGGAUCGUAGUAUCCAAGAGCCGGAAUGUUACCCAGACAGUGUUUUAAAUAAUUGAAAGCAGUAGCUCGAUCUUUUUGCCAACAUUACGUGAUAUACAUCACGUGGUAUUUUUGAGUAGUUUUUGUCUGAGUAACUUUCAAAUGUAUUAUGUUGAAGUAGAUAAGUUAGGAGCCCAUUUUCCUACAAAAUUAAUAAGCUCUAAGAACUUUUGAAUUUCUUCAAUGGUCUCCGGUACCCUAAGUGUAUUAAUUGAUUUGAUAUAUUCAUCAGGCGGUUUAAUGCCUGAUGGAGUAAGUUCAUGACCCAGAAAAUUUAUUUGUGCUUAAUAACACGUUAUUUCUUUGAGUACUGAUAACAAAUAGUUGUUGCAGCCUAGAGUCAUGUUCUUUUUCAUCUCGUGCAAAGACAACGACAUCGCUUGUAAGAUUUAUAUCCAAUUUAGAAAAAUACUUUGCUUUUCUGAAUCUUGGAAUAAGUUGCUCCAUAGUAGGCAGCGGAUGAUUUUCUUAAAUGAUAGUUUUACUAGGGGCACGUAUAUCUAGACAAAUAUGAAUAUUAUCGGUAGGUUUAGGAAUCAGUACCAUUGGAGAAUUCCAAGAAGACGGUUUAUUUACUGGUUCGAUUAUAUCCAUUUUUACCAGUUCAUUUACUUUCUUAUCUAUCUUUGAUUCCAGAGGAAUUGGGACUCGCCUGUAUAGUUGACUAUACUGGAGGAACCGUAUUAUCAAUAACGAUAUCUAGUUGAACGUCUUUGAACUUAAGGAAUUUUCCUUCUUUUGGAAAUAUCACAUUGAUGCCCAAUUUUAAAACCUCAAGCGAAAUGGCAGUUUUUACUGAAAAGACUUUCACUUGACCCAUCUUCUAUGACAAAAUUCUGUGCAUAACGUAUUGAUUCAAACUUUUAUAUUAGCAUCAAAUGAGCCUAAUAUUUUAAUGGAUGUAUAGCACCAUAUGCUAGGAACGUUUUAUUUGUAUUAAUUUGUUGGUUGUGAACUUUUGAUUAUUUCAUUUUCAAACACGUUUUAUCGCUAAUAUUAGAAAUACUGCCAUAAUCGAGGAGCAUUUUAAUAAUAACACCUGACAAUCAAUCGUUGAGGCAUCAUCAAUGUAGAAAAUGUAGCCCAAAGACGUAGGCUCUUUAUUUUUUUUAUUGUGGUUUCUGCUUUGGGUUUUUAGCUUUUAUAUUUUCUUUUGAGAUGAGGUUAGUACUUUUUCUUUUAUUGGCCCUUGUUUUGCAAUGCUUUUGGAAAAGGCCUCUGAAGCCGCACUUCACACAAGAAGCGUUGAUUGCAGGGCAGGAACUACUGUCAGGUUUGUGGAUUUUGCUGCCACAUCGGCUGCAGGAAUCAACCUCUCUUUUACUAGUAAACUUUUUUACAGUUUUAGCAUCAAUUUUAUUAAUGCUGGUACUAAGAUUUUUGCUUUGUCUAUCAUGGAAUUGUUUAUAGCAAUACCAAAGAAUUGGAAACUAUAAUGGAAUUCUACAAUAAUUAUUUCAACGGUUGCCGUGUCACCCAAUAACAAAAUAUUCCUCCUUAAUUUAUUUGAAUGGCAUUUUCCAAUUUGUUGGUCAAUGCGAUUUUCAUCUUCAUUAGAAAAUUUACAUUUUGCACAAAAAUAUGUCAUUUAAAUAAGUGACUUUGUUUUGGGAAAAGGUAUACAUCUUAUUUUUUAAUAGCAACGUUAUAAACGUCAGUUAAAAUCAGUAACAUGUGCUACUGGUAUAUUGAAAUAUAUAAUUACAUUGCUAUACCUCCGAAUGUAAUAACCUAGAACGUUUUUUAUUUUGUUCGGAAAUGUUAGUGGUUUGAAUUUCUAGGGCCCGUUUCCAUUUUUGCCAACGGGAACUUCUAGAAGUAGGGUCACCUUCACAGUAGAAGGAUUCUAUUAUUAGGACUUGUGAAUAUUGAACGAUCAGCAAAUUCACAGUCAAAAUGAUUUUAUAACGUCUCGAAAAGGAAAAUAUUUAUUCUAUAAUGAACAAAUACAUGAAAUAUAAUCAAAAUGAAUUUAUAUGGGUAUAUUUUAAAUAUAUACCUAGUAAUUAUUAUUUUUUUUUUAACUUUAAUUUUUUUCAAGUGGUAAUUAUAUUAAAAUGAUACAUAUUGUAUUGUGGUAUAACUGUUAGUAUUAAUUUACUCGCACAACGAUCAUUAAAAUGAAUCAGUGGUGCCACGGCGUUUGAAAAUCUACGAGACAGUUAUUGAAGCAUAACCAAUGAAAAUUUUAUGGUAUAGAUCGGUUACGUUCCUACAAAAUCAUUGCAAAAUGUGAUCCUAAUAAUAGGCUACAAAACUGGGCUCACACAAGCACAAUUUUGUCUUUAAUUCCAUAAUAUAUUUAUGUUUAUUUAGUUUUUACACCUCCGGAACACACAUGUAUCGUCUACAAUGUAGACGAUAUUUAGAUAUUAUUUGUUUAAAUAACGUUCGUUGUGGACCACAACUAACAUUGAGAUGUGGAAAUUUCUUCUUUUGAGCGCCUCAUUUUCCAUGACCUAGUAACACUUCUAACAGUAUUUAACAUCAUUGCGCAUAACCCCAAACAAUAAUGUUUAUCGCGUAAAUUGGGUGCACGGAGGAACUCCUUUUUUAUUGUUUUUAAAUUAAUUAAUGAUAGACGACUCAGGUUUCUUCUUUAGUUAUAACAAAUGCGUCAUGCCAUAGCACAUUCUACAAAUAAGUAAAAACUAUUUUAUGAGAUGCUUGUUUGUUAUAACGGGUAAUUAACGAUCACUUCGUUGGCAAAUCGAGUAAGUUGACACUAUCGCCAACAGCUUUUAGUUGGAUUUAACAAUGGCACAUAUUGAAAUAUGUUUAACAUGUGGGUAUUUUGUUAAAUCAGGUACUAAGUGAUAAGUUCGCUAGAAAUUUCAAUUGUAAAUUGUUGUAGUUGCUUCGUUUUAUUUGAUAUAUAGAUGUGAUCAACAAUAUCGUAUAGGUAGGUACUUCUAACAAUCGUUGUUUUUCUUUUACUUUACUUAGAUCGACUUAAUACAAUUAAGUGUUAAAGGAAUAUCUUCUACUAACUUAGCAAUACGUAUUUUUGCUAAGUUUGCUUGUUUACAAUUUAUUUUAAACAUAUCAAAGAAUAAUCUGCAAUAGAAGGUAGGUGGAUAAUCGUGGCCAAGUCUCGAUUCGAUCAAGAGAACCCGUAGUUUAGAUAUUUGAUAACACUAAAAUUAAUUGUAUCGUAUGUAACCCUAUCGCUUGAUAGGGUUAAGACAAUAUUUGUUUUUUGAAUUCACUAUACCUAUCUUAUCUCUUCCUUUUCUUUAUGCUGACCACAUAGGUAAAUAGGUAUUUAAAUACAACAAUUGCAACAAUGUUUGAUUUUACUUACUGCGCUUUUGCUCGUCGCCAAUGUGAUGUCCACUACUUUGUAGGGAACAGGGCUUUAAUAUAAACAAAUCAGUAAGCAGUUACUGUGCACGCAUCGACGGUGACCACCGCACGCCACCGCUGACAGAUGCGAAGUGUCCGGGCGGGAGUGGGGAGCUGACGUCAAUACGUACACUUUUAUUAGAACAGUACAUCACAGUAUCUAUUAUCCGAUCUACUUGUCGUUUUAAAUAGUUGCCGAGCCAAAUAAAACUGUUGCUUCAAUUCUGCGAUAUUAGAUUUAGGGCGAUUAAACAGUUGACCUAUAAUUUAAUAUUGUCAAUAAGGUCAAGUGUCAGCAAUUAUGUUAAGGGCUUUGACGGGUGCCAACUCGUGAUUUGGCCGCACGUGCAUAUAACCAUAUUCUAUUUUUAUGUGGUGAUUAUAAUCACUUUCGUUUAUUCUAUUAUUUUAUAACCACUUUCGUUUAUUAUUAUUAUUUGUUAAUACUAUUCAAUGGCCCUUGUUUUUGAAACGUUUUCACUUUUGCUUAUUACUUAUGUACCUAUACAAUAAUAUUGAAGCAAUUUUAAAGAACUUUACGAACAAAUAAGACACAAGUCGAAAAACAAAAAAAUAACUAUUUUUCAGAAUUACCUACCUACUCUCAAAAUACAGGGUAGAUUAAUUAAAAAAAAAUUAAAAGUACAUGAAUAAAAAAUAUAUUUUCUACAUACAAUAAAAAUAUAUUUUUAUAAUAGUAGCAAGUUUUUUAACCUGCCCCCUUUCGCCUUACCUAAAAAAUCAGACCAUUUUUUCAGUAAAUUCAUUACAAGUUGCCAUAAAAGUAAAACUAGGAUAUAUGUAUGCAGUAGUGUUUUAUAUCUAUACAGGGUGCUAGGGAGUAUUUCCCAUAACUUCAAGGUGUUGACGAGUGCACCUAGGUAUAAGAGCCGAACUGCUUAACUGAUAUUUUUUUAAGUAAAAAAUAAUUUUUUUUUCAUGUUUUAAUACAAAGUAUAUUCAAAUAAUUCCGACUAUCCGCGUAACACACGCCUUUAUCUAUCGCCUUGCAUUUAAAGUUUGGCUACGUCACAAUUAUAAGGAUGCGAUUAGUAAGGGACACAUUUUAAGAUAUAUUUACAAAAGAAAUAUUAUUUACUCCGAAAAUAUUAAUUUUAGAACACAUUCUUUGAACAUUUUUAAUUAAUUUUCGGUAAAGAAUAAAGGAGUUAUAGGAAAUACUCUCCAGCACCUUGUAUAUAGUAUCAGAUUAUUAUUAAUUCAGAUAAUGGUAGUUUUUAUUUGCUUAUUAAGAUUGUUAAUAAUAACUAAAAUUAUACUUAGAAGAUUUUUAAUAAGAAUAAUUAUAUUGGUAAAAGGUACUCAAAUGAUUCUAUAUACCUACUAAAAAUACGACAUGACCACUAACUUUCAGCACAGGGUAAAAAUAAGUUGUUUUCUUCUCUAAAUUACUUGAAACGAUUUAUCCUGUUGUGUAUUGGACAAAUGGUCACCCUAAUUCUUCUAAAAUUACUUGAGUACUGCCAAUUUAAUAUUUUAAAUAUAGCCAUAUUAAUAACCAAGAAUUUUUAACACAUUCGCAAGGGUGUCACUUUCCAUAAGUUCUAUAAUAAUAAUAUUUACAAGCGAGACAAUAUAUUUUUUAAUCUUAAACAAAUAUAAUUUUAUUGAAAGAAAUAUUCUAUGAGAAUAUAUAAAUUAGAUUGAUAUACCUAGUUAAAAACUAGUUUAACAUUUUUAGCUUUUAGCUUUUACUGAUACAGUUUUAGAUAUAUGGGCAGAGGCUUUCUUGCAUGAUAAGUACCAAAGGAAAGAAAUGUGAUAAUAAUAUGGAAUAUGGAUGUUGUAUCUUAUAAAACAGUAUGUUGAUUUAUUUUUUGAAAUAUAUUUUAUUGUAAUAGAUGUUGUAGCUGCUCUUAGCCUAUAUACACUGUUUGAGCAUCUAUUACUUGAAAUUAUUUUAAAUUGCAUACCUACUACAUUGUUUUCUACAUGAAAGUUUACUAUUGAGAUAUGUGCAAAAUUAAAAUUAUGUUCCAAUGUUUCUUGUUAAAGUGUAGCUCAUAGCUGUUAACCCAUUUGUUGAUAUGAGUAUUAGCCAGUAGGUAUUGUUUAUAAGAAUUUAUGCUCACUGUCACUACAUCCAGGCCCAGUAGUACAACUAUAGCUUAGCAAAUUCGUUCGUAACACUUCUGAUGGUCCGCGCGGGUCGGGAGGGGGAUAGCAAUGCCCCGCACGCACGACUUCAUACCCGCGCAGUCCUCUCUGCCCCGCGCGCACGACCUCACACCCGCGCAAGCCUUUCCCCCCGUCGCCCACACAUCAUGGGAGUGUCAUGAACAAACUUACCAAGCUGUAGUCUCACUCACCUUAUUGCCUCCCACCCAAGAUUUUAUAAGGUGCUGGUUGGCUGAUAAAUACAUUUCAAUUCAAAACAUGUCUGUAAUUGUUAUAUUAUUUUCAUUUUGUCUAUUGACUAGUUCAACCAUCCAACCAACCAAAUUAAGUACAAUCAUCCAAUUUAAGUACUACCAUCCAAAUUAAGUACCCUUGGCAAAUCAUCAUCCAAAUUUAGGGCCCUUGAGUAACAUUCAUAUAUCAUAACAGAAGUUCAAAAGCACUUCAAUAUGAAUAUCACUUACUAUUUUAGUUGCUCAAACAGUGUGUCUAAUGAACAAGUUAGAGUUGAUAUGAUAAGUUGCCUUAAAUAGCAAAGCUAGAAUUUAAUGUACUUUAUAUAUUAUUUAUUGUUAAUUUUGUUUUUCAACUGUGAUUAACUGAUUUAUUUAAUUAAACAUAAUCUCUUUACUCAUACAAAUGAGCCCUGUUACCAUAUUAUAGAACAUUUUAAAUUGUAAUAUGUAUAAUAACAUUAUUUUAAUGUAAUGGCUCAUUGAAUAAUAAUUUAUUAAAUGUUAAUGUAUAGGGAUUAUACUAUAUUCAUAUUAUUUAUUGGAAUAGAGUUAUUUAUAUUGAGAAA